AUGGAAGGAGUACAAAAUACGGCAUAUUUUUCAGAAUAUGAAGAUCUCGAGGUACAUGAGAUAAUGUUGCGAGACAGACCUCGACAAGAAGCGUACAAAAAUGCUAUUAUGCAAAACGCAGCCUUAUUCCGAAACAAAGUGGUUAUGGACGUGGGUGCUGGUACUGGUAUAUUGUCAGCAUUUUGCGCCAAAGCUGGAGCUAAAUUGGUAUAUGCUAUUGAAGCUUCGAAUCUUGCCAAAAUCGCGCUGUCGGUAAUGGAGGAGAACAACUUAACAUCCAUUGUAAAGGUCAUCCACGAUAAGGUUGAAAAUUUUGUAUUGCCUCCAUCAGCUGAAAAAGUGGAUAUAAUUGUUUCAGAAUGGAUGGGAUUUUACCUACUACAUGAAGGCAUGUUGGAUUCAGUCAUUUACGCAAGAGAUAAGUUUUUAAAAUCUGAUGGUCAAAUGUUUCCUUCUGAAGCAACAAUAUAUGUUGCACCAUGCGCUGUGCCUUCUCGUUUUGAUGAUUGGAAUGAUAUUGAUGGUAUUUCUUUGAAUUCAUUCGGCAAAAUGCUCCGGCAACAAAAAUCGAACAAACCAGAAAUAAUAUAUAUGUCACCCGAAAAUCUCCUCCACAAUGGUGUUGCUAUGUUCUGGAUGAACUUAAACGAAAUUCGUUGUGAUGAAUUAGAAUCCAUCGUCUUUCAGGAAGUUGUACCCUCACAACGUCAAGGGAGACAUCAAGGGUUUUGUAUUUGGUUUGACUGCAGAUUUCCAGGAGAUAGCUAUGAAAAUGCUGUAAUUCUGUCUACUGCUCCUAGUGCACCAAACACACACUGGAAACAAUGCAUAGUAGUACUACCUGAUACUGCAUGCGAAGAAUUAGAAGAAAAUUCCCCUGUUGCUUUUAAAAUAUCAAUGAUUCGUCGAAGUGAUGAUAUACGAAAAUAUAAUUUAGAAGUAGAAUUAAUUGAUCCAAAUGUAGUAGAACAUCCUGUACCUUGCGAAUGCCAUUUAACCAAGUGUAUAUUAAUAAAAACGCAUCUUCAAAAUAUGGAUAAUUCAUAAA